AAAUCAAAACAUUCAACGGAUGGUCACACUAUCACAAUUAUUGCUCCCAAACGAGUUGACAGCUCCCGUUGAAGCAAAUAAAAAAUUUUGUUUUCUGCGAGUGGCAAAGCGUAAAAAUAGUUUUACAUUUGUUUUAAAUCGUGCCUGACUGUUAAUAGCGUGGUGCAAAAUGGCGCGUCGCUCCAAUUUCAUUGAGGGCAAUGACAAUUUUCGCGAGCAAAACUUGCGAUUCGUGCGGAACGAGUUUGAGGACAACAUAAACCAGUUCUUCGGAGGUGCGAAUCCGGGCGGAAGUGGCCAGCAGAAGCCUCCGCCGCGGGAUUCGCUAAUUGUUCAGCCGACCGCAGGAAACAACGAAAUGGACAACCGCCGGCAGUUUCUCCGGGAGCUGGGCGCCAGUCGGAUGUUGGCCAACGCCCUGGCACAGCGCACCUUUAAGGUGCCCAACUUCAACCUGCGCCACUUCCAGCGCCAGCGGUUUCGCCUCAGCGUCGAGCUGGGCGACAGUCGUCAGGACGUGGUGGACAAGGAGGUGCUGCGGGCCAUCGGGGAAGCGGUGGAGAGCCAGGACAUGGCAGAGUCACGUCCACGCACUCCAUCGCCGCCGAGGAACAUUGAUUGGCACACCAUCAAUCGGGAUAGUUCGCCGGGGCGGAUUGAUCGGUCGCGUCCGAGGAAUCGUCAAAGGGAGGAUAACUUUCAAGGCCGGAGGGACAACAGUCGGGGAUUCGCAGUCCAAAGGAAUUCCGGACCCAAUAAUGCUCCGAUUAAUCGAAACCAGGAUGUCAAUCGCAAUAAUCGUAGCGUGAAUACUGAGGAAGCAAUCCAUAGGAAUUCUGGACCUAUUAAUGUUCCGAUCAAUCGCAAUAAUCGUAGCAUGAAUACAGAGGAACCUAAUCGAAAUGCGAAUCAUCAGGAAUUAAACCGAAACAAAAGAAGUGAUGCAUUCAUUCAUAAUAAUCGUAGUACAAAUCAGCCGGAAUUCAAUCGCAAUAAUCGUAGUGCGAAUCCACAGGAAUUUCAUGGCAAUCGAAAUGUUAAUCCAAAUCGAGAUGAUAAUCGCAUUAAUCGAAAUGCGAAUGAAUUGAACAGAGAUCCACAGGAAUUCAAUCGCUCUAAUAGAAAUGCGAAUCCGCAGGAGAUCAUUCGCUCUGGUAGAAAUGCAAAUCCGCAGGAAUAUAUUCGCACUAAUAGAAAAGCAAGCUUGCAAGAUUUUAAUCGUAAUAAUCGUAGUUUUAACAACGAUGAAUUUAAUCGAAAUGUUACCACUGAUGAAAUUAAUCGAAACAAUGUUACUGUUGGUCCGCUGGAGUUUAAUCGCAGUAAUGGAAAUUCGGAUCAAUUCAAUCAAAACAAUCGCGAUUUGUGUCCGCAAGGACUUAAUCGCUAUGCGAAUCCACGGCAAUUUAACCGCAACCAGGAACCCAAUGUCGAUAUUCAAAAUGUUCAAGGAUUUAAUCGCAAUACCAACAUUCGUGGUGAGCAACAAAAUAUUAGAAAUAAUGCCUCGAACUUUGUCAAUCCCCGGAUGAACUAUAAUCGUGGGCCCAAUAUUCAGGACUUUGGCAAUAAUCAACAAACCAGCUUGGAUCGAAAUUCGAUAAUCAAUCAACAUGGCAACAUAGUUGAAAACUUUCAACUGCCCAGAGAUCGAUUCCACUCACCUGACAACCACCCACAACAGCAGCGUUAUGUGGACCAGGACAUUCGUGAAGUGAACGACAACUUUGGCGGAAAUCCUGAACCCCAGGCUAAUCGCAAUUACCAACGUAUUGUUAAUAACAAUCAAAUAACACUCUGUCGCACUGAUUGGAUUGACGCCAACGAACGAGAUCUGGACGGUGGCAACUAUAUGUCCAAUGAACGCAACUUUAUCGAAGAUCCCCGUUUCGUCGAUGCAGAAAAUGAUGCGAUCAUGCACGAUGAUGUUUUUCAUGGACAUCAGCAGGAUAACUUUAAAAGACCCGAUGUCCGCAACCAACCCAUCUCCAGAGACAAUUUCAGCGAUGAUCGUAAUUCAUAUGUACGCGAUCGCCACAUUGAUGACAACAGGCGCCAGCUUGAUCGCGAACCCGAUCGUCACCACAACUUAAACGACGAUUUCGAUCAGCGGAACAACUCUUCACGUGGCGCUGACACACGACGCCUUCCCCCACGAGAAACUGCAGCAUUCCGGGGCUCCAAUAACCCCCGCUUUCCACCGAACCACCAGUAUCAGCAGACUAUUGAUCGCGGAUCGGGCUAUGGUAAUCGUUACCGCGAUAACCAGCAAUCUGGAGGUCUCAAUCCCAACAGACCAAUCGGGUCGAAUAUACCAAAUGCUGAUAGAUUUGCUCAAAGAAACGCCAAUUCGGUUAGUUCAAAUCAAAACCGUGCAAAUGCAAAUCAUCCCCGAACGAGUCUAGAUCGAAACAUGGCCAGAAACAUAAAUCCUAGUGGCCCAGUACACCGCAAACCAAGUCUGGAGCGCAGCCCAAGGGCAAACUUUAUUCCUGGCGGUCCAAACCAUCAACGAUUGAGUCAAGAUACAAUUCAAAGAUCAAAUUCAUUAACAGCUCAAAAGCGUAGCUCAUCCAGGAAUUCCGGCGGACCCAAUCAAAUCCGCCCAAAUACAUCAACAAGUCUAGAUCGCAGUGCAUCAAGGAAUGUUAAUGCUCCCAGUCAAAGCAAACCAAAUCCAAACCAACUGCAAGAUAGAAAACCUGGUGCUCUAAAUCCAAAUAAUAAGAAGCCAGGCGUUCUACCAAACAAUCGGGCACCGAAUCAGAACAAGACCAAACAACCGGCAAUCCGCACUAAGAACACCAAUCCUGGUGCAACCAAACCUGGUCAGCAGCCAAGUAAGGUCAAACCACAAGCCACACAAGCAACCAAGAACAACGCGGUCAUGGCAAACCCACGCGCUGGGCAAAAAAGGGAAGCGGAUACCGCAGGGUUGGGUGGCCAAAAUGGUUCUAAAAAAGCUGACCCCAAGCGCCAGAAGGUGGACUCCAAUCGGAGCUUCAUUAUAGCCGGAAUUCGCUUGCCCUAUAUCAAGGACGAGAGCAAGAAGCUGCCACAAAAAGAGGAGGAUUCCUAUGCGGUGACCUUCUUCGAGCAAACACCCAUCUACAACACAAACAUAUAUGCCACCGACGAUGGAGCGAUUGUUGAAGAGGAGGAUGAUAGUGACAUAUCUGAAUCUGAGUCUCUGGACUCCAAUCGAUCUGAGGUUCAGUCAGGGGCUAAACAUCGCAACUCCAAGAAGAAAUUGCGCUCCCAGUUGCGUAAGGAGUGGACAAAAAUCUAUAGGAAUAAUAACUACAAGGACUGGCACAAUUGGUGGCGUGAUUACAAGUGGUGUGGCAGCGAAAUCAACAAGAAGCUGGAGAAGUACGGUGACCGCUCGCUGCGCCACCGCUUCGGUCCCUCGUCACCAAAGGCCAAAUCCGCACAAGUAGUCAAUCAGGUAUUCAAACUGGGCCACAUGGGUCUGGAGAAGAACACUUUCAGCCACUACCGCAACAUGCGCUCCAUAUUCCUUCUGAUGAACGAGACUUUCCUCGAGAAAUUGUCCAAGAAGCAAAUGGAGGAGUUGCAGGACCUGAUCCGUGGCAUUCCGAAUCACCUAUGGCUGUACAAGAUACGCAGCAUGCUCUACCUCUGGGAGAGGUACCAUGCAACUCUAAAGAGUCCAGUCGCAAAAAAUGUGCACAAGGCAAAGGACAUUCAGUCGAUUGCGCGGGAGUGGAAGAAUCCCGUCUUCCACUGGCUGGCCAAGCAAGCCUUCGAUGAGCUCAAGGCAAUCAGCGAGAUCGCCUGGCCGGAUCACAAUAAAAUCUAUCCUGGCUUAAAGGAUAAUUUAAUUGCGGACCUUCUUACCCAAAUAACUUUAAACUUUAUGUACAAUAGAUUGUAUACAGAAUGAAAACCAAACCAAAUAAAUCAUGGAUAUACAUAGCUUCUGCACAAAGGAAAACUACGCUUGAAUCAGCAUAGGAUUGAUUAGUUACAUGAAGCUUUGCAGAGAAUAAUCUCUAAUAACCUUAUUCGUUUCCCCUUUCUGCCUUCU